AUGUCUCACACGAUUGGUGGGAUUGAGGUCAUUUUCACCCCAACGAACCAGGGAUAUCAUCACUACUGGACCGAAUUCAAGCCCUCCAAGAUCACUCUCCCCAAAGGAUGGCAACGGGAGCCUGGCCGUCGGGCACUGAGAGAGGCGAUUAUCUGGGAGAAAGAUGUGGCCAUCAGCAUGCGCGACGGCACUGUCCUUCGGGGCGACGUCUUUCGUCCUGCAGACAAGGACGGAGUCCCGCUCCCCGCUCUUCUUCCCUGGAGUCCCUAUGGGAAGACCGGAAGUGGCCACCAUCAAACCACCAGCUUCACGUAUCUCGGGGUACGUCAUGAGCAUCUGAGUGGGUUGGAAAAGUUCGAAGCCCCGGACCCAGCCGAAUGGUGCCCUCGUGGGUACGUGGUUGUCAAUGUUGACGCACGUGGUGUCUUUGACUCUGAAGGCGAUAUCUUCAUCCUCGGCUCACAGGAGGGCCGCGAUGGGCACGAUACGAUCGAAUGGAUGGCGGAACAGAGCUGGUGCGACGGGAAUGUCGCUCUUGUUGGCAACUCCUGGCUUGCUAUGACCCAGUGGUAUAUCGCUGCUGAGAAGCCGCCGCACCUCAAAGCAAUUGCGCCCUGGGAAGGAAUCGGCGACUUCUACCGCGAAAGCAUCUGCCGGGGCGGCAUUCCAAACUACGCAUUCUGGGACCUGUUGAUGCAGGAGUUCAAUGGGAAAACGUCUCGCGAAGAUGUUGCGGCGAUGAUCCAAAAAUACCCUCUGAUGAACGCCUACUGGGAGGAUAAACGGCCUCGCUUGCAUGAUAUUGACGUGCCAAUGUAUAUCCUGGCCAGCUACUCCACGGGUCUCCACACAGAAGGGUCGAUCAGAGCGUGGAAGUAUGCCGGCUCUAACGAGAAAUGGUUGCGUGUUCACCCGACGCAGGAAUGGUUUGACAUCUACCAGCCAUUUGCCAAUGAUGACCUGCAACGGUUCCUCGACCACUUCUUGCUUGGCAAGGAGAACGGGUGGGAAAAUACACCUCGCGUUCGUCUCUCACUGUUGCGGUACAAUCGGGCUCCGAUCAGCUUCCGCGCGGAGGACGCCUACCCCCCGUCUCGCGUCCAAUACCGCAGAUUCUACCUGGAGGCAGCAAGCGGCAGGCUACUCGUCGAUCAGCCCGCGCAGGAGACUAAAGUCUCAUACCAAUCCGACUCGUGGGACGACGACGGUGCCCAUUUCAACUGGACCUUUGAUGAACCCACUGAGCUGAUCGGGUCGUCCCAAGCAGUCCUCUACAUGUCGUGCGAGGACCUCGAUGACAUGGACGUCUACGUAAUUCUCCGCAAAUUAGACAAGGAUGGUAACGCGCUGUUGAACUUCAACAUUCCUUUUGAACACCAAGCCGCCGGAGUGACGGAGAAGGACAUUCCUGACGUCAACAUCUACAAGUACGUGGGACCCAACGGGCGGCUGCGAGCGUCCAAGCGAGCAACUGCGGAGGAGCCAGAUAUCGCCGAGAACCGGCAGGGCAACCGCGAGCCAACAGAGCUAUUCUUCCCGCACGACAAGGAAGAGAAGGUCGCACCCGGCGACGUGGUUGAGCUGCGGAUCCCAUUGUGGGCGGGGGGUAUUGCCUUUGAUGCGGGGGAGACGCUGAGGCUCGAGGUCAAAGGGCACGACCCCAUCUUGCCCGAGUAUCCGCCCCUCCACCGGAACCUAAAGAACCUGAACCACGGCCGGCACGUUGUCCAUACCGGUGGGGGAUUUGCGAGUUUUUUGGUUCUGCCUUUGACCCCGGCGUAG